AUGAUCGCAGACGGUUCUUCUCUUCGCUCUUUAAAGAGAAAAAGACUCCCCACGUCUGUUGAUUGUACGGACCCUGAAGCUGCAGCAGCUGAGAGACGACUGAUAGCUUCUAUCAGUUCAAUACAGAGGAGUAUCAAAAAAUUCUGGCCACAAGGAAGGAAGGUAAUAUACCUAAUUGACUAG